AUGGAGUUCGACUACGUCACCGAGCCCAAGGUGGCCCCUAUUGCGCGGUUCGCGGAGCCCCUCGCUUUGACGUCCGUCUUUCCCUAUCUCCCGGAAAUGAUCAGCAGUUUCGGCGUUGAACAGAACGAUGUCGCAAAAUGGGCCGGCUACACCUCCGCCGUUUUCUCACUUUCCCAGAGCGUGACCGCCGUGGCGUGGGGUAGAGCCUCCGAUCGGAUCGGAAGGAAGCCGGCUAUCAUCAUCGGUCUGAUUUCGACCAUGGUGUUCUUCGUUGUCUGGGGCAUGUCCACGAGCCUGCCGAUGGCAAUUGUCGUGCGAGCUAUCCUGGGCAGCGGAAACGGAAACGUUGGCAUCAUCCGGACUAUGGUGGCGGAAAUGGUUCCCGAGAAGGAGCUGCAGCCUCGAGCGUUCUCCAUCAUGCCCCUGAUCUGGUCCGUUGGCUCCAUCUUCGGCCCGGCCUUCGGCGGCUUCUUCGCCAACCCCGCCCGCCGUUUCCCUGCCCUGUUCGGCGACAGCUGGUUUUUUAACGCAUACCCGUUUGCUCUGCCGAACUUGAUCGCUGCUGUCUUCUUCCUCAUCUCCGUCGCGACGGCCACCCUCUUCCUAAAGGAAACCCUCGAGAGCAAGCGCCAUAAGCCCGACUGGGGUCUCCUCUUGGGCGAACGCCUCACCCGCCCGUUCCGCCGCUCCCGCCCUCACAACUACCACCAUGCCCACGUCCGGCGCACUUCUUUCGUCGACGGUGAGGCAACGGCGCCGUUGGUCCCUACCAAGCUGAACCCCCCGGCCCAGCCGCUCGAUGACAGCAAGCAGUCCGCAGAGGCGCCGAGUAUGAAGGAGGUUUUCACCGCGCAGACGAGCAUCAACCUGCUCUGCUACACCUUUCUCGCCCUGCACUCUGUUGCAUAUGACCAGAUCCUUCCUGUUUUUCUCCAUCACCCUAAGCAGGUCCACAAUCCCGAGAACACCCACCUGCCUUUCCAGUUCUCCGGCGGCUUCGGUCUCAGCUCGGACCGCAUCGGCACCAUCUUCACCAUUUACGGCAUCACCUGCGGCGUGAUCCAGUUCUUUGUCUUCCCUCCUCUCUGCAACUAUUUCGGUGUCCUUCGCUGCUUCCGUGCUUGUGCCGUCACCUUCCCCUUCGUCUACAUUCUCACUCCCUACGUGGUCCUCUUCGAGAGUAACUUUGGCCAGUACGCCGCGCUCAUGGUGGUCAUGUUCACCAAGGCCUUCGCUGUCAUCAUCGGCUUCCCCUGCAUGACGAUCCUGCUCACCAACUCGGCCUCGUCGCUGCGCAUCUUAGGCACACUCAACGGCUUCGCCACCAUGUUCAGCGGCUUUGGGCGCGCCUUCGGGCCCGCCGCCGCUGGCGCCGCCUUCAGCUGGGGCGUCGCCCGCGGUUACGUCAUCGUCGCCUACUGGUUUCUCGCGUUGACGGCGGUGCUCGGCGCCAUCCCCGUCUACAUGCUCUUCGACUACGAUGCCCUUACGCAGACGCCCGACGCGAGCGACGACGAGGAGCAGGACGAGAGCGUUAGCGACGAGGGAUACGUCAGUGAGGGCAGCGUUGUCGCUUCCGGCAGCGGGCAGGGCGCGUUGGCGGAGACGGCGCCUUUACUCGGGGCCAAGAACGGCGCGGCGGGAUACGACGCUGUCAGUCCUUCCCGGUCGUAG